UAUUUCCCGCCACGCAUUGCGAGUCUAUGAACAACACGUGAAAUCCAAAAUGGCUGAUCAGAAUGAAGAAGAUACGACUCCGGCGGCAGAUAUUGUCGUUACUAAGUAUAAAAUGGCCGGAGAUAUGGUCAAUGGCAUCAUGAAGGAAGUGAUUGCUAAGUGUGUUGCUGGGGAAAAGAUAAACAACAUUUGUGAGUUUAGUGACAGGAGGCUACAAGAUGAGACGAGCAAAGUGUUUAAAAAGGACAAAGAAAUGAAGAAAGGUAUUGCCUUCCCAACGUGUGUUUCAGUCAACAACUGUAUAUGUCAUUUCUCUCCCCUUAAGAGUGACCCAGAUAAAGAGCUUUCUGAUGGGGAUGUUGUGAAGAUUGACUUAGGAGCUCAGAUAGAUGGCUACAUUGCUGUGAUUGCACACACACUUGUCGUCGGUGCAUCAAAGGAAAAUAAAGUUAAGGGGAGGAAAGCAGAUGUGAUCAUGGCAGCACAUUUAGCUUCAGAAGCUGCCCUUAGGAUAGUCAAACCAGGCAAUGAGAAUAAUUUGGUGACUGACGCUGUACAGAAAGUUGCUGAGUCAUAUAAAUGUAAACCCAUUGAAGGAAUGCUUUCACACCUGUUAAAGAAGCAUGUUAUUGAUGGGGAAAAGGCAAUAAUUCAGAAUCCCUCAGAGGCACAAAGGAAAGAACAUGAAAAGUGUGAGUUUGAGACAUAUGAAGUGUAUGGAGUUGAUGUUUUAGUCAGUACAGGUGAAGGCAAGGGUAGGGAACAGGAGACCAGGACUACAGUGUAUAAAAAGAAGGAUAUUAUAUAUCAACUGAAAAUGAAGGCCUCACGACAGUUCUUAAGUGAAGUAGACAAAAGAUUUGGACUGAUGCCUUUUUCACUACGACUUUGUGAAGAUGAGAAGAAGGCCAAGAUGGGGGUCGUGGAGUGUGUAAAACACGAACUGAUGCAGCCCUUCUCUGUACUGUACGAAAGAGAAGGGGAGUUUGUGGCGCAAUUCAAGUUCACAGUCAUUCUGAUGCCAAAUGGACCUUUAAAGAUAACAGGACUACCAUUUGAUGAGGAAUUAUAUGAAUCUGAAUACCAGGUAGAGGACGAGGAAAUCAAGGCCCUGCUUUCUCAGUCUGCAUCAAGGAAGGCAGCCAAAAAGAAGAAGAAGAAAGCAGGAAAAUCGAUGGCAGAAUCAGCAGAAAAUGCAGAAGACUAAAGUCAAAAUCUUCAUAUAUUUUAUUGAUGGUGCAUGGAGGACAGACUCCAAAAAACGUGGACAAUUAAAUAGAAAACGGACAAUUGUACAACCGAAAUCUCGCUAUCAGCGAUCCCUAAAAAGUGGCUUGAAGAGAGACAAUUUCAUUGUUUUUAAAGAACAUUAAAACUCGAAGUUUCAGUGGAUGAGUAACUCGGUGUCAUUUUCAUCAUGGUCCUGUCCAGUAGAGAACGCUAGUCUACACGAGUUAAUCUUGUUUACUGAAGAACCCCAUUGUACGACAUAUUAUCUUUAUAUGUUAAAAGAGACCUCAUCUUUUUAUCGGAUUUUCCAAACGUCCACAUUCAAUAGUGCUGUAAUGAGUUUUUAUGGAUUUAUUCAAACAUAGUUUAUUUUCAGGGCUAAUUUUCAGUCUAUUUGACUAAUUUGAACUAGAUAUUUAUUAUACAUUUGUAGAAUGACCUAUUAUUUGAAUUUGUACGAAUUUAUUACUGAUACAGUGAUCAUGUAUGUUAAAUUAUUAUGACAUUUAGUGUGUAAGAUCUGGAAUGUGUAAAUCUGCUGAAUAAAAUGAUAUUCUGCU